GUGAUGCCACACGAUACGACUGCCUUGUACGACAUUAGCCACGAUAAUAGCUGAUUGUGACAAGACAACAUUACAAUUUCAACGAUUUCUAUGCAAUCAGCGAUCGUACGAUGCACUUGUAUCGUGUGACGUCUCCUUUACAUAUGUGUGUCUUGUUGCAGGGCUUGAAUUACACUGAAGACAGCCCGGACAGCACCGGUCCGAUGGUGAAGCCCAUCAGAAGUGAAGUUGACUGCUUCAAACACCUCGGGGAGCAUGCAUUUCCAACUGACGGUAUCUACUGCAAUGGCACCUGGGAUACCGUGCUGUGUUGGCGUGCGGCCAAGGCGGACACCACAGUGCGCAUGCACUGUCCGGCUCUUCCGAGUCUCAUUACGGAAAAUUAUGCCUACAGGCGGUGUAGUUCGGAUGGGCGCUGGGAGGGGCGGACGCCGGGGGACUACAGUUUACCGAACGGCUACACCAACUACUUCGAGUGCUACACGCCUGAAGGGAGGAAGAUGCUGGAGGACUUUUAUUUAAACAAAUCACCCGAGCAGAAACUAGUUCUUCGGAAUAUGGUCAACAGCGCGAGAACCAUGGAGAUUGUCGGUCUAAGUCUGUCUGUAGUGGUCACCAUUAUAUCGCUCAUCAUAUUCAGUUACUUCAGGAGUCUGAAGUGUCAUCGGACUCGGAUCCACAAGAACCUGUUCCUGGCCCUCAUCGUGCAGAUGCUCAUCCAGCUCACUCAGUACAUCAACCAGUACGUGGCGCGCAUGUCCGGGGGCCAGGUGGCGGGCGCCGCCAGUGGCAGCAGUAACGCAAUUACUGACACGCCCGUGUUUUGUGAAAUACUGUACGCUCUUUUGGAGUAUAGUAAAACAGUGAAAUUCAUGUGGAUGUUUAUAGAGGGAUUAUAUUUGCACAACAUGAUCGCAGUGUCUGUGUUCUCGGGAAAACCCAAUUAUGCAAUAUUCUACGCUUUAGGAUGGGGUUUACCGAUGGUUGAUACACUGGUGUGGGUGAUAGUUCUGACGCAGACGCACAGUGUACGGUGUUGGUAUCAUUAUUAUUAUAUAAACACUAUAUGGAUAAUAGAAGCGCCCAGAGCGGCUAUAAUUUCAAUCAAUAUUUUGUUUCUACUCAACAUUAUUCGUGUGUUAGUAAUGAAGUUACGAGAAAGUCAUACAAAUGAUGCUAACCAAGUGAGAAAAGCCGUCAAAGCAGCCAUCGUGUUGCUACCUCUUCUGGGUAUCACGAACUUCGUGGUGAUGAUAGAACCCAGUUCAAAGGACGUCGUCAUAUUUGGGUUGUGGCUCUUCCCCGCCUACUUCCUCAUCUCAUUCGAGGGCUUCUUUAUAUCUCUACUCUACUGUUUCUUAAAUGGAGAGGUGAGGGUAGCGCUUCGGAGGCAGUGGGAACGCAUCCGCCAGCACCGUUUCAUGCACAACAAUAGUCUGCGCAGGAUGAGUCGCUCACUGAGCCUUUUCACGUCAGUGAGUGAGGUUUCACACGCGCCCACAAGCCAGGUGUACACGUUCCGGUCCAACGUGAGUUCUCAGAAGCACAACCAGCUUGUAUCGACCGUGCAGAAUGGGCACGUGCAACCGCUACUCCGAUACCCGCUCACGAAGCGAACGAGCGCCAGCGCCAGCAUCCGACGUCAGAUCUACUGGGACGACACCAUCGACGACACCACGGUGUGCCAGGCGGCGCGAAGUGACCUUGUUUCAGAACAGCAGAUAUAAAACAUAUUAGUGCACUUUGGCCUUAGACCAUUGGCGCCUGUGUCUAAGUGUAGGCCAAGGACGCCUGUGUUUAAGUGUAGGCCAUUGGCGCCUGUGUCUAAAUGUAGGUCAGAGACGCAUGUGUCUAAGUGUAGGCCACAUAUGCCUGUGUCUAAGUGUAAGCCAGAGACGCCUGUGUCCACGUGUAGGUCAAUGGCGCCUGUGUCUAAGUGUAGGCCAGAGACGCAUGUGUGUAAGUGUUGGUCAAAGGCGCAUGUGUCCAAGUGUAGGCCAAAGGCGCCUGUGUCCAAGUGUAGGCCAGAGACGCCUAUCAAAGUAGGUUAAUUAAAACGCCUGUUUGUCGGCCUGGGCCAGGGUAAGUUGGGUUAAAGUACGCAUUCAGCAUUAGCCUUGAUUGUGAACAAGAAAUGUAAAACAUGUGAGGACUCUGGUUUUAGAUCAUAUGAAGCCUGUUUUUUGCGAGUGAAGGUCAGUGAAAAACAUCAUAUGACAUUAACGCCUGUUUGUCGGUUUGAAUCAGUGAUGCUUUUAUUGGUGUAAGUCGGUGCACGCAAAUCUGCAUUCAGCUUUAGCAUUGUUUAUGAAGGACCAUUGUAAGAAAAUUGUGGAGGCGUAGCACUACUGGAACGCCAGUCAUCAAGAGUGCAACAUCAGAUUUCGAUCAGUUCUACCCUGGUGUUGUUGGAACUCCACGUCAUCUUUCAGUGAUUUCGAGCGGCUACAGGUCAGUGGCAGGUUACGACGUUCAGUGAUCGGUACAAACCUGUAAACGCAGUUAAUGUUAAUAAUCAAAGAGGAAUAAAAUGGCAUCAGUUGUUUCCAUGGUGAUAUACUAGUAUUGUAGCUGAAUUAAGUAAAGUUGUUAUAUUGUUUUGUAAAUUCUGUUGCUUUCAUCUGUGGUCUAACGUUAACAGCGUGAUCAUGACAGUACACCGGGGCUGUUUCAAAUGAGGACAUGGGUGUGUGGAUGAGGGACAGAUGAUUAGUUUUUUAAACAAGGUAAUCGUAAACAGCCUGUUGCGUUGUUGCAUCACGGUUAUCGACAUUACAUGUAGCGUGUUUGUGGCAACGCCAGCGGUAUCGUCUGGGCCCGUACCCAGUCUAAAUUAACUAGUAAAACAAGAAUCGGGACACAAAUGAUAUUUUAAAACUGCCAUCCCCCUUCCUUCCGUUACGUAUGACCCUGUUGACAGUGCGGGAUUGGUGUCCGGUUGUUUAUGUUAAGGCGGUUUCCGUAUAAUCUGUAAGUAAAGUAAAGUUUAUUUUGUUUAACGACGCCACUAGAGGAAAUUGAUUUUUUAUCUUAUCAUCGGCUAUUGGACGUCAAACAUAUGGUCAUUC